CUUCUUUUCCCUUAUCUCUUCCUUUUCUUUCUUUUUUUUUCCUAUUUAAUUUCUUUUUAUUUAAGUUGGAGCUUGAAUCGAGGGAUUUCAGGCUGCUAGGUGAAAAUCAUGGCAAGGGUUUUGGUUCAGUCGACUAAUGUUCCCGGCUUAGUUUCGGGCUUAAAGCAUGGCCAAUCAAAAGGGUCUGGAAAAUCAAAAAGGGCUGUGAGAAUGAUGAGUUGUAUACAAGCGCCUGGGUUGAGAAUGAGGGGCUUCUCAGGACUAAGAAGCUUUAAUGCCCUAGAUACUAUGAUGAGGCCUGGGCAGGAUUUCUAUUCUAAAGUGGCAAUUACGAGAUCUUCCAGGCGCCAAAAGGCUAGCAGAUGUGUACCUAAAGCCAUGUUUGAGCGCUUCACAGAGAAAGCAAUUAAGGUAAUUAUGCUUGCACAAGAAGAAGCAAGGCGACUUGGUCACAACUUUGUUGGUACAGAGCAGAUCCUUUUAGGUCUUAUCGGCGAAGGAACUGGCAUUGCUGCUAAGGUCCUUAAAUCCAUGGGAAUUAACCUUAAGGACGCUCGUGUUGAAGUUGAAAAGAUUAUUGGAAGAGGUAGUGGUUUUGUUGCUGUUGAGAUUCCAUUCACUCCUCGAGCAAAGCGUGUCUUGGAGCUUUCACUAGAAGAAGCCCGGCAACUUGGCCAUAAUUACAUUGGGUCCGAGCACUUGCUUCUGGGUCUGCUUCGUGAGGGUGAGGGUGUUGCAGCUCGUGUUCUUGAAAAUUUGGGUGCCGACCCAAGCAAUAUUCGUACACAGGUUAUUCGUAUGGUUGGCGAGAGCACUGAAGCUGUUGGUGCUGGUGUUGGAGGCGGCAGCAGUGGUAAUAAGAUGCCAACCCUGGAAGAGUAUGGAACCAAUCUGACUAAGCUAGCAGAAGAGGGUAAGUUGGAUCCUGUUGUUGGAAGGCAGCAACAAAUAGAAAGAGUUGUUCAAAUUUUAGGCAGGAGAACCAAAAAUAACCCUUGCCUAAUUGGAGAACCUGGUGUUGGAAAAACAGCAAUAGCUGAGGGACUUGCUCAGCGGAUUUCAAGUGGUGAUGUUCCCGAAACAAUAGAGGGGAAAAAGGUUAUAACUUUGGAUAUGGGGCUUCUCGUUGCUGGCACAAAGUACCGUGGAGAGUUUGAAGAAAGAUUAAAGAAACUUAUGGAGGAAAUUAAACAAAGUGAUGAGAUCAUACUUUUCAUUGAUGAGGUUCACACUUUGAUUGGAGCAGGAGCUGCCGAAGGGGCAAUUGAUGCUGCAAACAUUUUGAAACCAGCUCUCGCAAGAGGUGAACUGCAGUGUAUUGGAGCCACAACACUUGAUGAAUACAGAAAGCAUAUUGAAAAGGACCCAGCCUUAGAAAGACGAUUUCAGCCGGUCAAAGUGCCUGAACCUACUGUUGAUGAAACUAUUCAAAUUCUGAAAGGGCUACGGGAACGUUAUGAGAUCCACCACAAGCUUCGCUAUACAGAUGAGGCACUUAUAUCUGCUGCACGGCUCUCAUAUCAGUACAUCAGUGAUCGUUUUCUGCCUGAUAAAGCAAUUGAUUUGGUUGAUGAAGCUGGCUCUCGAGUUCGCCUUCGUCAUGCUCAGCUACCUGAGGAAGCACGAGAGCUUGAGAAAGAACUCAGGCAGAUCACCAAGGAGAAGAAUGAAGCUGUUCGUAGCCAAGACUUUGAAAAGGCUGGUGAGUUGCGAGACAGAGAAAUGGACCUGAAGGCACAGAUCUCAGCUCUCGUUGACAAGGGCAAGGAGAUGAGCAAGGCAGAGAGUGAAGCAGGAGAUGUGGGUCCCGUUGUGACUGAAGUUGAACUCCAACCUAUUGUCUCUGCUUGGACUGGCAUUCCUGUUGAGAAAGUCUCGACAGAUGAAUCCGAUCGCCUGCUCAAGAUGGAAGAGACGCUUCACAAGCGUGUCAUUGGUCAGGAUGAAGCAGUCAAAGCCAUCAGUCGUGCCAUUCGCAGAGCCCGUGUUGGACUUAAGAACCCUAACCGUCCCAUUGCCAGCUUCAUCUUUUCUGGUCCAACUGGUGUCGGGAAGUCCGAGCUUGCAAAAGCUUUGGCUGCUUACUACUUUGGCUCUGAAGAUGCCAUGAUCCGACUUGAUAUGAGUGAGUUCAUGGAAAGACACACCGUCUCCAAGCUUAUCGGUUCUCCCCCUGGUUAUGUUGGUUACACCGAGGGUGGUCAGCUGACCGAGGCAGUUCGUCGCCGUCCUUACACUGUAGUCCUCUUUGAUGAGAUUGAGAAGGCUCAUCCCGAUGUCUUCAACAUGAUGCUUCAGAUUCUUGAAGAUGGAAGGUUGACUGAUAGCAAGGGAAGAACUGUAGACUUCAAGAAUACACUUUUGAUUAUGACAUCAAACGUGGGAAGCAGUGUGAUCGAGAAAGGAGGCCGCAGGAUAGGGUUCGACCUUGACUAUGACGAGAAGGACAGCAGCUACAACCGAAUCAAGAGCUUGGUGACGGAAGAGCUGAAACAAUACUUCAGGCCAGAGUUCUUGAAUAGGCUGGACGAGAUGAUUGUCUUCCGACAGCUCACCAAGCUCGAGGUCAAGGAGAUAGCAGAUAUCAUGUUGAAGGAGGUCUUUGAAAGGCUGAAGAGCAAAGAGAUCGAACUUCAAGUGACAGAGAGGUUCAGAGAUAGGGUGGUUGAUGAAGGUUACAACCCGAGCUACGGAGCAAGGCCUCUAAGAAGAGCCAUCAUGAGACUUUUGGAGGACAGCAUGGCUGAGAAGAUGCUUGCAAGAGAGAUCAAAGAGGGUGAUUCGGUGAUUGUGGACGUUGAUUCCGACGGAAAUGUCAAUGUGCUGAAUGGCAGCAGUGGCUCACCUGAGUCGCUACCUGAGGCAAUUGCUGUGUAAACAAAUCACGGCUCGGCUUUUUGGGUUAACUUCUACCGAUGUUGUUUUACUACUCUUUUUUAGUUGGAACUUUUCUAUAACUGUUUGAUAGACAAUAUUUAAUAGUAGAAUUGGAAGCCAGAUUAGAUUAUUUUAGUUUAUUGGCUGUUUUAAAGGCCUGUAUCUCUUUGCACAGGAUUAAUAUGCAUAGUCGGUCCUAGUAACUUAAUUGUUUUCUUUUCUUUCU